AUGCGAAGAUCAUCCAAUACGAAUAGGGAAGGUCGUACCGUUGAGCAAGAAGAGAGACAACAUCCAACCACUUCGGAUUCCAACAUGUUUUUAGAUUCAUCCUUUGGAUCAUCGUCGCCUACAACAACAUCACCAUCACCGUCCACUCAUUCAACAUUUUCUAGUAAUGUUGUUUCGGGAAAUGUAUAUUCUAGAAAUUCAAAAACCGUUAAAUUGGAACAAAUGAUUAAAGAGAUUCAACAACAUACAUAUUAUAGAAGGCUACUGGAUCAAGCGGAAAGGAUGAAUCGUAACGGAUCAACAACAGGAACAUCAUCGGAAAUUUCAUCCCACUCCAUAAAUGAUGAUCCAAUUGGUGAAAAUGAAGAUGAAGAUAAACAAUCAUUCACUCAGCUGCUACAUAAAUUGAGAAGACUUAUUCUCUCGUCUCCCAUCACACUCGGAUCUGGAGAUUAUGAAACCAAUCUUGGAUGUAUCAAAGACUCACUCCGUCAAUUUAUUUGGCCUCUUCUAUUGCAUGACUCGGAUCAUUUAUGUAGAGAUAAAAGUUCAGUUUUUCAUAUCAUCAAGAAAAUUGACAAGCAACACGAACAAUAUGAACAAGUAGAAAAGGAUGUGGAGAGGUCAAUGUUCAAAUUUUUAGCUCCAUUCUUUGGCAAAUACAACAAUCAAGUCAUUUAUGUGAAUACUUCGAAUGCCAGCAGCAGCAGCAGUUUGAAUGGAGGUGUCUCGAAACAUACAGGAUCAAAAACCAUGAAUCUUGAGCUGAGUUACAAGAGAAGAAAUUUAAGCUUGGUCGUCAAUUCAAUCCUCCAACUGUACAAACGAUUCCAAGAUCAAGCUGAAAAUUCCAAUUUUUCAGAAGAAAUUGUUCCACUCUACUAUUUUCAAGGUUUUCACGAAAUUUGUUCAGUUAUGCUUUUGACAUUCCAGGACAAUUUAGAAACAACGUUUAGAUGUUGCUAUCGACUCGCAACCAACCAUUUUUACGACUCUAUGCAUUCUCCUAAUUUAGAUGAAGUCAUCAGAAAAUGUGCAAUGAUAAUCACAAUUUUGGAAGAGAGUGGUCAUCAUGACAUUUGUGAAAUUUUGAGAGACAGUGGAAUGGAUCAGGGUCAUUAUGCACUGAGUUGGAUUUUAACAUGGUUUGCGCAUGUUAUUGAACAGGAUUGUGGAGAGGACCAUGAAGACUCGCCGUACAGCACGACGAAUAUUGCCUCUGAAAAUUUUACAUCCACAGUCCCAAGCCUUUUCCUUGUACAAACGUUAUUUGACGUAUUUUUGGCUGUUGGAAACCCAUUCUUUGUGGUGUAUGUUGCUGCAAGUGUAGUUAUUGAGCGAAGAGAAGAAUUAUUAAUUUUAAAAGAAGGAGGUUCUGCAACAACAGUUCGUCAAAAGUUAGCAGCCGUGUCUGGAGGAAGAACUGAAAUUGAUUUUCCAUUCUCGGCAGAUGAAGACGACGAUGACAUUAAUUACAUUGAAUUUACUGUGAUAUUUGGCUUGUUAAAUAGGUUUCCAAAGAAUAUUACUCCAAAAUGGUUGGAACGAGUGGUGAAACGAGCGCUCAAUCUUUGGAAGCAUCAUGAUUACCGAAAUUUGUGCUCUCCUGAAGAGUUCACCAAUCCAUUCCCAUUUUCUUAUUUAUGUGAGUGUGAAGACUUUUCAAAUUAUCAUGAAUCGGUCGCUGAUUAUUGGAGAGAUGAAGAAGAGGAACGAUUACUGCGUGAGGAAAAGGAGAGAGAGGAAGCAGAAAAGAGAAGAAAGGCUCAACAACAGCAAUUAUCAAAAGCAUUCUUUUUGGGAGGUAGCAUUGUGGUUGCUGCUGCUGCAUUUUACUUUUCUGCUCAAUCUUGGUUUUUUCAUGCCACGUUCAAGUAA